AUGGAGGAUCAGGAAGCCGAGGAGUCCGAGCAACCUGGGCAGCUUGGUCGUGUGGCCAAGGCCCCGCCAUCGCCAGAGGACCUCCUAGCCCAGGAUAUUGCCAAUCUAUGGCUUGCUGCCCCUGGCUAUCAGGUCAGCUCGGCUGUCAUUUGGCUUCACCACCAGGGUGAAUCAGAGGCCAUGCAGGAAAUGCUCUUCCGAAACUUUCAGCUGCCGGAGGAAGUUGGGCGCGUGCGCUGGCUCUGGCCGCGUGCUCCGUUGCAGCCCAGCAGCAUACGGGGUCACAGCCCCACAUUGCAAUGGUUCGACGUCAAGGAGUACCCAAUUUGCCGAGUUGUACGUGCCAUCCCUGACCGAGCCCGCAAAGGGGAGGAUGAAAAUGAUGUCUCUGCAGCAGUGAAGCGCGCUGAGACCAUGGUCCGUGCCCUUGAGGUGGAAGGUAUACCGCGCCGUCGCAUCCUCCUGGGCGGAUUUGGACAGGGAGCAGCCCUAGUGCUGCGGACAGUCCUGCAGUCCCAGGAGCCUUUCGCAGGAGGUGUGGUUUGCAGCGGCUGGGUCGCUGGUUCCAGCGACGUUCCAGACAACAUCUCGGAAGGUGGCAGGAGCACAGCGCUUCUUUGGUGCCACGGUGCCCGCGACGACGUUGUUGAGCCGCGGCUCGCAGCAGAGCAGGCGAAGGCUUUGAAGGAGAAGGCUGACGUGAAUCUGCGCUUCGUGCUGUUUCCGGAGAUGCAGUUCGAGCUGGCUUCCCGAGCCUUGCAAGAGAUCCAGCGCUUCGUCACCGAGCGGCUCCUUUCCGCUGCGGAGGAAGGGAAGGAAGCGGCUGAAGGUGUGCUGGAGCCCGGUUAA